ACUCUCUUUAAUACUUUUUUCAAUUUCCUAAUCAAAUACGUAAUCUCUGUCAUUGACUUGGCGCCACCGCAGAGCAAUGCGAUUGGAAAACGGCGACGAUCGGUCCACGUGUCACCGUAUUGAAAACUCCGACGGCGGCGCCGGCGUUUCGCCGGAGUAUUUUUCUCCGGCAAUCGACGCCGCUGAAGGACUACUCGUUCCGCCUCUCAAUUUCUCUAUGGUUGAUUACGGUGUUUUUCGGUCUGGUUUCCCUGAUACUGCUAACUUCUCCUUUUUGCAAACCCUAGGCCUUCGCUCUAUCAUAUAUUUGUGUCCUGAGCCAUAUCCUGAAGCGAAUGUAGAGUUUUUAAAUGCGAACGGAAUACGGCUUUUUCAAUUUGCCAUUGAAGGAUCCAAGGUAGGAUAUGAGAGUUGUGGUUGAUGUUAAAAGCUAUGUGAUCAUUAUCUGAUAUAUCAGUGCAUGAAACUGUUGUAAUUCAUUUUUUUGCGUGGACUAAAUAAAUAUUGGAAAUAUCACGCCGAGUUGGUGUUUCAAAAAUACAAACAUAAUACUCCAGUAGCUAUGCUGGUCGGAGGUAACAGGUACUCAAUGGAAUAGUCAAGAUGAGUUCAAGCUGACCUGAACACCACCGUCAUUAAAAUAAGUUACAUACGUAGUGUAUAAUUAGCUUAUAUGCAGUCCUCUUCGAACUAUCCCAACAAUUUAUACAAGUUGUAAGCAUUAACAGAAAGACUUGUUUAAGUUUAUACUAAAAAUAAUCAAUUCACUCUUUUUCUUUAUGUGAUAUCGGCUGUUGGUGAUAACACAUUGUUUUUGCUCUCUAAUUAGCUAAGUGACUUGUUUUGGAGCUAUAACAGAAAGUAAAAGUGGGGGUUAGUUAGCUGCUUAUCAAGACGAAGUCUAUUUAUAGGCAUUGGAUAUAUACUCAAUCUGUUUGUUAUCAUCCUUAAUUGUUCGAAUGUGUGAAUUUAACUGAUUUGUAUAGCAUGAAAGAGAUUAAUUCAUAAUUUUCUGGCUAAACUGGCAUUAGGAUGCAUUUUUCUUCAAGGAACAAAGUCAAAAUGUUUUGUGGUAUUAGUUUGUAGGAGACAAGGUUAUAAACUUGUGUGGUCUAGAAUAUUAGUCAUUUAGCAGUCCGUUGGAGUAGUCACCGAAUUGACCCUUGGUUUUUCUGUUAGCUUUCGUGCAAAUGAACUAGAUAUUUGGCUUUUGUGGCUCAGACUUCAAAAAACUAGUACAGGUCACGCCAAAGUCUUUCACUUGUACUUGAGGUUGCAUGGCCCAAAUCUGUUCUUGUUUUAAACUGCAGGUUUUUCACGUUUUAUAUUCAUCAAAUAGGAGUUGAGUUAGUUGUAUGUGAUAGGAGUAAAGAACACAACAGUAUGUGAUGUGUCUGUUUUUUCAGAUAGCUCGAAACCUAUAAUAUGUUUAAAGUCUUU